GGCGGGAACUCGGCGUUCUGUCGCGGCGGCGAGGAAAGCAGCUCGCCGCGGCGAGCCGCCUUCUCUCAGGGUUACAGGAAAAAGCGUAGCCGUGCCGCACCCGCUGACUUCCUAUUGUGUGAGAUCCCUUCGCCGCCUGCAGCCGAGCCGGGCUCCGCCGCGUGUUUCCUGUCCGUACUUUCUGAAAAGGAAAUGUUCAACUGUUGGAUUUGGAUAUUUAUCUUGCUCUGUAGAAGAUCUAUAGCAGAUGAGAGCUCUACUAGAGAUGCUGACAUUUUUCCUUCUUCUCCUGAAAUUGAAAGAGGAUCCACCCUGAAACUAUUCUGUGUUCUUGGAAAACAUUAUACACCUCACAGGAACGCAAGCCACAUCAUCUGGAAAUUGAAUCGUGAAUUAAUUGCUCAGGAAAAUUAUAAUAUCGUCAAUGAGACUGUAUCUAGUAUAACUAUCAAUAAUUUCACUCACAACAAAGCACAUGUGAAGUGCUUCAUUAAGUACUUAGGGAAGGAACAACUUCUGGUUCACACUGAAGUUAAAUCUGGAUUUCCACCAGGCACACCAAGAAAUAUUUCCUGCAUUUACGAUGUUGAUAUUAAGCUUACCUGUAACUGGACUUCAGGAAGAGAAACAAAUCUUGCAACAAGUUAUACUCUUUACAGAAAAAUUAUGAGUGUACAAGGUCCAAUUAUGCAGGAGAUGAAGAUCUCUGUCUGCCGAAGCAAAACUGAGUCAUGUUCAUUUCAUUACCCAAAUAUUCCAUUUGGUGAUAAUCUUUGUUUUCAAGUGAAAGCUGAAAAUGUUUUGGGUGAAGCUUCAUCGGAUUGUGUUCCUAUAAAUAUGGAAGAAAUAGAGAGAUUUCAACCUCCUGAAAUACUUUCAUUAAAAAAAUAUGCUGGUAUAAAGCAGUUGCUUACAGUAACCUGGAAGAUACCUGAGAAAAGUACACGCUUACUGGAUGUAAAAUGCCAGAUUCGAUACAGAAACUUGUAUUUGAACUCAUCGGAAAUUGACACUGUUAUGGUGGCUUCUGGAGAAGAGAUAUCAACACAUAAUCUCACAGGUCUAUGGGACUCCACAGAGUAUUUGGUUGCCAUUCGGUGUAUUAGUGUUGAAUCAAAACUCUGGAGUGACUGGUGUAAAGAGGAAACAGCAAGUACAGAAGAGAAAGCUCCUUCAGAAAAAGUGGACUUGUGGAGAGUAAUUGAGUCUUCAACCCCAUCUGGAAACAGAUCCGUGUAUCUUAUGUGGAAGCUGUUAAGCAACUUGCCACCCCGUGGGAGAAUUCUAGGCUACAAAAUACAGUAUUUUCCAGAAAAUAAUGCUGCACUUCAAAUGACAAACUUCACUUCUGAUAAGAAAAUUACUUUAUUUUUAAAUGAAGAGGCAUAUAUAAUAUCUCUUACUGCCUAUAAUUCUGCUGGAAAUUCUCCUGCAGCUAUUUUGAGGAUUCCAUCCACUGAUGAAAAAUCUUCUCAAAUGAUUGAAGCAGUGAGAAUCUUCACAACAGAGGAAGAAGUGAUUGUGGAAUGGACAGUCUCUAAACCAGAAGUAACCGAGUAUGUAGUUGAGUGGUAUGAGGAAAUGGAGACAGAUCCUUUUAGUAGGUCAUGGCAGUAUAUAUCAAAUUCUACAAAGUGGAAACCUAACAAAAAAAACUUCAAAUCAUUUGUAUGCUACAACAUGUCAGUGUAUCCCAUUGAUGGAAAUAAAGUAGCAGCUCCAUAUUCCAUACAAACUUAUAUUCAAGAAAAAAAGCCAUCAGAAGGCCCUGUGGCUGAUACGGGUUUCCCAGGCAAAAAUGAAGUUACAAUAAAAUGGAAUGAGAUUUCAAAAGAUAAAAGAAAUGGCUUUAUCAACAACUACACAAUAUUUUAUAAACCUGAAGGUGGAAAAGAAUUGAAUGAAACAGUGAACUCCGAUGUGCUACAAUACACGCUGAAGUCAUUACAGGCUAAUACGCAAUACACGGUCUAUAUCAUGGCAAGCAACAGAGCUGGUGGAACCAGUGGAGAGCCAAAAACAUUCAAGACUUUAAAAUUCAAUAAAGAAGAUGUUAUUUUCAUUGCUCUACCAGUUGGAUUAAGCAUGUUGUUUCUGGUAGGCCUUUGGAUAACCUGCAUUAUGAAAAAACAGCUGUUUAAAAAGGUUUGCUGGCCUGAUGUCCCCAAUCCUGCAGAGAGCGUUGCAGUGCAGUGGCCUGUUGACGCAGCUAUGGGAGUGGCAUGUGAGGACAAAAACAAAGGCCUGGAAAACAUCAGUGUUUUGGAAGAUUGUUUUCCUGAAGAAGAACAUGAAGGAUCACUACUAAUGGAUUGUGAAAAAUGUGUUUCUGGAAGUACUGACAUUAAUACAAAUGAGGCACAGAAUAUCUCUGAGUACAAAUUAACUCUGCUAAAUAGUGAGGGAAAGAUACUCAACAACGAAGAACAGGAAGUUGCUAAGCACCUUUCACCAUCCAUGCCUUACAUAAUCACUGAUCAAGAUUUCAAAAGUCAAAUACAUUCAGCUUUGAUAGCAUCCAAGAAGCUUCAACCCAUCAAAAUGCUGGAGGAUGAUUUAUGUGAUACCCAACAGAUCUCAAUUAAAAAUGAAGAAAAUGAUAAUGAAGAAGUUUUAAACAGAGAAGGUUUCAGUGGAAAAAGCCUGUUCAAUCCAUACCUUAGAAAUUCUGUUAAAACAAGAGAAUUUCUUGUUUCUGAGAAUUUCUCAGAACACAGCAAGAAUGAACCCAAAAGCCAGGCAACUUUUUUACCUGGACUUCGACAAAAUGUUGUAGGACAAUCCUAUAUAACAUUGGACAUGGUUGGGCUGGCAACCGCUCAUUAGCAGAGGAAAUAAUUCCUUGUGAAGUCCCAGCCUGGUAGCACUGCUUUUGUAUGUGUUUCCUGGGUGGUCGUGGUUACCUCCUAUGAGAUUACCCUAUUCCCUUCAACAGCUGUGUGGUAAUGAAUGUACUGUAUUUAUUCCUGUGAAGCUUCACUUUCAGAGUUGCUGGGGAUUUUUUAUUUUUUUAUUUUUUUAUUUACCACAGAAAUGUAUCAGUAGUAAGGCAAAGGACGUAGCUUUUCUUAGUUCUUCGUUUUGAUUUUCCCUUUGAGAACACCAAGCAGUGCAGGUAGCUUGCUGCUUUCCCCCUCGGCAACCAGUUCAGAUAGAUGAGCACUGCUGGGGCAGUGUGCACAAACUUGAACAGAGCCAACAUCUCCCAAAUUUUUCCUUAAGUUACAUGAAGUAAAACAACUUUACUGUUUUUUUCCCAUGCUUAUUUUGGAUCUAGUUUUUAUGUGUACUGUUUUCCCAUCUCACAGGUAGUUGGUAAUCAUCUUUGUGCAUUCUGCCUCUCAGAUCAGCAGUUUGGCUCAUGGUAGCCAUAUCUUUAAUGAGAGGAUAUGUCAUGUACAUGCUAUUGACCUGUCUGCGCUUUGGAAAAGGGAGGUUUGUGUUGGCUUCCUGCUUCCUUCCUUUUCUCUCAUUUUCAGUCAUUCACUGUAUUUUGUGCUUCUUUGGCGCUGCUUUUUUUAGCUGUUUACUGCAUGAUAUCUUCUUACCUUCUUGCUACUGUGCCUUUAAUUUCUCCUAGUUUAAAACUGUUCUUCUCAGUUGAAGCUGUGGUAUUAUGAGCUGGGAAAAAAAAAAAAAAAAAAAGCUAAAUUAAACAUUCAGUUGUUUAGAAUUAACAUUUAGCCCCCCAGAAUGUCAAAUUCUACAAAUGGAAAUCCCCCAGACAUUAACAGAUUAACCAAUUACAGACAAAAGUCUCAUGCUACAUGACCAUUAAAAUCCCCUAAAUAAGAAAAAAAAA